GUAUGUGAGACGGGUGCAGGGGUGCGUGGAAAUGCAUUUCCCGGGUGCAAGGCGCAGGCGGGUGGCGCGCGGGGAGAGGGUGCAUGCGAUGAUGGACAUCGUAUUGAUUUCUAUCUGCCCGCGCCUCCCCUAUUGUACUGCACGUAUCGAUCGCUGCACCGGACUUGAUUCACGAGUGUGUCCCCGCUGUCCCCUAAUGUGUUAAUCGCCUUACGUCACGGAUGCAGUUGCCCGUUAAACAAAACAAAACAGGAUCGCUAAUUAAGAAACUCAAGCUUUAAAAUUCGAAUUUUGGAAUCGGAACGCUCACACGGAGCACGGAAGCGUUUGAACUCAUAGAAAAUAAGUGGUCAGAUUUAUUUGGAGCCGGGGGGUAACGAAGGUGUGAAAGUGGCGGCGUUGCUGGCGCGCGCGGAAUGCGCGGGAGUGGAGUUUAGCGCGCGAGCCCGCCCCGACUCCGCCGUGCCGCCCUCCGAACUGCCGGCCAUGGCGACCGAGACUGUGUUCUCACCAGGCGGCGCCGCGGCCGGCGCGGGCGCAGCAGGCGCGGGCGGCGAGCAGCAGUACUCGCUGCGCUGGAACGACUUCCACUCCGCCAUGGUCUCCUCCUUCCGCCGCCUGCGCGACGAGGAGGACUUCGUCGACGUCACGCUCGCCUGCGCCGGCGCCACCUUUACUGCACAUAAGGUCGUGUUAUCAGCGUGCAGCCCAUACUUCAGGAAACUGUUGAAAGCGAACCCCUGCCAGCAUCCCAUCGUCAUACUCAGGGAUGUCCACGAUAAGGACAUGGAGAGCUUACUCAGGUUUAUGUACCAAGGCGAGGUCCAUAUAGGGCAGGAGCAGCUGAAGGAGUUCCUGCGAGCAGCGCAGCUGCUGCAGGUGCGGGGUCUGACCGACGUCCCGCCGACCGCGCCAGUGCCCACGCUCGACCAGAAAGCGUCACCACAAUCAGCGUCAUCAUGGACGGAGACGGGGUCGGGCGGGUCGCGGGAGGGGCGGGAGGGGCGCGAGCGCGAGGCGCGCGAGGGCCGGCGCGCGCGCAGGCCCGAGGAAGGCGCGGCCGGCACGCCGCCGCCCAAGCGGGCAAGAUCCUCCGACCUCUACCAGGCGCAGAUGAAGACUAGGACGGAGCAGCUACUAGCGCAGGGCAGCCCGGAGCGCAACGGACACGAAUUGCUCUUUGGGCAGGGGCUAGAACAGAACGCGCACCUCUCGGCUAUGUCUAACAACUUGUCUGGCGACGGCGAGGAGUCAUCAUCAGACGCCGGAGCCAGCGACACAGAAGGCGAGCCCCGCGCCAAGCAGGAGCCGCUAGACUACGACGACCCCGCACACGUGGCCAACACCAACGGAGCACUCCCGCACAGCUUCCCUGGACUGCUGAACCUGCAAGGAUUCCCUGGACUUCCCGGACCAUCAGGGAUACCAGAUAACUUCGGUGGUUCGCGGCGGACACAGGAUCUUUUGCGCGUGCGCGCGACGGACCCGCGGCCGUGCCCCAAGUGCGGCAAGAUCUACCGCUCGGCGCACACACUGCGCACGCAUCUAGAGGACAAGCACACCGUCUGCCCUGGAUACCGAUGCGUUCUCUGCGGCACGGUGGCCAAAUCCCGUAACUCACUACACUCGCACAUGUCGCGGCAGCACCGCGGCAUCUCCACCAAGGACCUUCCCGUGCUGCAGAUGCCCACGCGGUUUGAUCCUGAACUCGCGAGCCAACUCCUAGCAAAAGCCGGCGUGAAAGUAUCUCCAGAACAACUCCGCGCGCGAGCGUCACCCACCGGCCCUCGGCGGUGCGACAUCAAGCUGGAUGCCAAGUCUGCGGCUUCUGAGAGCAGCUCCAUCUGCGGCGACAACGACAAUGAUGAUCUGAGUCAGUCGCGCUAUGGAGACCUGCCGGUUUCACCACCUCACAUAAACAGCCUGGCCAACACCACGAUCACAAAGGUCCCCGCGGUACGAGCGUUAGCAGCGCGCGCGGCGGAAGGUGCACACGCACCGGCGCCACGGCGGGAUGACUAUCCCUACACGGCAGGCUCCACGCUUAUUGACACCUAUCUUCAGUAUAUCGGAAUGCCAAAUAUAAACCACCUCGCCAACCUGAAUGCGAUGCAUAUGGACCGCAAGACGUACGACGAGCCGUCGCCACAGAUGGGCUCGCUCCCCCCUCCCCCCACCACGCUCGCCCAUCAGAGCUUCCUCAAGCAGAUGCAGAGGAAGUACACCGACAUGGGCAAGCCGGACAUCACGCGCGACGCCGACGAACCGCUCGAUCUAGGAAAGGAGCGGCAACGCAGCGAAAGCGUCGGAGAGGGAGACGACAAGGAAGGUGACAAAGAGUAUUACGGCAAGGAGUUCAGCGCGGAAGAGGAGCGGCGCGAGGAGGACGAGGCGCCGGACGAGGCCGGCUACUCCGACGAGGAGAGGAAGACGUCAUGAAAGACGUUUUGUUGAUCACAAACGGUGCUUGAGUGUUAUGUUUUAGCUGAUUCGUUUCGCAACGUAAUAUCGGUUUGAUUGUUGACCCGUGGAAUGUCGUUGGUGCCAUUUCAAUGUAAAUUUUAAUUAGGUUUAAAGCGGCGAGCGUUAGGUUGUGUGAGAUCACUGUAGGUCCCCGCCCCGCGUUAGUCCGUCGGCGCCACUUGAUCGUGAGAUUGUUUUAGUAGUAACUAAAUAGUAUCCUGGUCGACGGCCACCUUUUGUAACGACACCCCCUUGGCCGUCCCUGAUUGUAAUCUAUUUCACAGACGCUCUGUAAGACAGGUGUACUAAAUUUUAGACUCCUGAAUUACUAGCCUUGUUGUUGUAUAUUGUAAAAUAUAAAAUGGCGACCUUGAGGGGCAGGCUGUUGACCAGACUAUAGUAGGUAGUGUUUUUGUACGUGCAUGUAACGGACCCUGUCACUCGUAGGGCCUUACAUCAUAUUCCAUCCAACUACCUCAGCAUCGGGCCAAUCCGGCGUGUAAAAAUUAAAGAGAAAAUAUAUCCACACAAAUUGUGAAAUUCCAUCCAUCUACCUCACUUCAAUAGAUUUAAUUUAAUAUUUUAUACAAUUUAUAGAUAUAAAUAACUGUUGUUUUAUGUAUUUUGCAGAUUGCAUUUAUAUAUACUACGUAGAGCAUAUAGUAGUUAAAUAUACGCAAGUCAUUUAGGUGAUUGUUAGUGCUGCCCAUAUAUAGAUACUCGACAUUCUCAUUGCGUUGUGUAGUGCGCACUCUCUAGAGAACUUUAGACUGCCCGGCGUGUAGCGUGCGGCGUAUGGCGUGUCAGUCGCGGGACAGUAACGCCGCACCCCGCACGCCACACGCCACCUCACCGUAGCGUAGCCACCUAGCCUCCGACAUCGAGUGAGCUCGCGACUAACCUAUACCUACGAUAUCUUGUAUACGAACAGAACGACAGAGCUUAAAACAUACUAUUACUAUUAAAGUGUGCGUCACUGCUGAAAUCUUCAACUGCCUUGAGACUGAACACUUUUUCCAGGGAUACCUUGUUGUAGUCGCAUGAAAUUCUGCGAAUUUAUUGAAAAUGAAAAGUUCAAAUUUGAAACUUAACAAAUCGUAAUAAGACAUAAUAUUGCAUUGUAUAUAAAUUUGAGUGAUAUGUAAAGUACAUAAUAAAUAAACAGAUAGUAACAAAAAGCAAUAAAUAAAGUAUACCUUGAUGUUGCCUUCGGAGUGUUGUAUAUAGGAGGCGGACGAAGCGCGCCGCAUCAGCCGCAUGUCGCCGGCCGGUCGCAGGCUGGCCGUCGGCCAGUCGCCGACCGGUCGACGGCCUGUUGUCGGCCAGUCAGCCUCGGUCGUGCAGACGCAGAAGGUUUAUUUUGUAGUAAUGAUGUGGGCUCGUUACUUAUAACAAUUACUGUGAUUACAAUCUCAUAAUAGCCUUCAAUACUUAUACAUAUUUUUUAGAGUACAAUGUUAUAGUUAUUUAGUAUAUUAAUAAGUAUAUUUGUAAGCGAGUCACAAAAUUAUAUUUACUUCCCUAAACCUUAGAUUUCACGUUGUUUAAGUAUUUAGAGCAAUAGGUGGAGCAUUUAACCUUUUAUAUGAAAAAUAUUAAGCGUUUAGGGAUUUUUUUAGAAUCUAAUGUACGUCAUUACAAAAAGACUAGGUACGUAAAGAUGCCACUCCUGCCAAGGUAAUUAAUUGUUCAACUAAAGAAUUACUUUAACUCGGGAGUGUAACAUUGACCCAAACAAUUUUAUCUAGACUGUUUCUUUUGCAUUUAAACUGUGACAAAAAAUCAUCACAAGAUUUUAGCUCACUUUUAGGAUGGGCCAAUGUUAUCCUCCAGAUUUGUCAGUAAUUGAAGUUUCCCGUUUUGAGUGACAUCUAUUUCGUGUUUGGAGUUUAAUGACGUCAUAGGUCCGAGUUAUUUUUUAAGUGUGAGUGAGACGCAUCACUUCGGUUUGUAUACGUUGUUGAUCGUUGACAGUGUUGCCAUAGUUAGUAACCUCGACUGUAUAUAAAAUAAGUUUUGUUUAGUCUCGUACUUAACAUUUGCAAUUAUUAUGUUUUUAUUUAGAUUUCUUUAUGAUAAAUACAAAUGUAUACUGUUUCACAAGACACAAAUACGUUAUACAUAUUAGCCGAUAGCCAGUUACCAGAAUGUGAUUAUGAAUAGAUAUUAUAUAUUUUUUCAAUACACCCAAUUGCCACAGAUGAAAUAUGUCGAAGCAAUACAACAGUUACUAUGGCGCCAUUUACAAAUUCCUGAUUCAAACGUUUCACUGCCAAAUGAAAAAAAUUCAUGAAAAGCGGAAGUUUAAAUAAAGAAAAAAAAUUAUCCAACGGAUCUGUAAGAAAAUAUUAAAAUUUAAAAUUCUUCCCGAUGCCAAAUAAUAUUAUAAUAUUUUCCUCACCUCAAUAUGAUCAUCGUAACUGUUGCGUUGUAAAAUAAUUAUUUAUAAGCAAACCAGUGAAACGUAACUAGUACUAUAAGUCUAUUUAAAGGUCUCAUCGGAAAUCGUUCUUUCUCACUCGUCAGUGACGAAAGGAUUAAAUAAAAGGGACAGAACGAUUUUCGAAGGACCAAGGACACGCGUUAGUUACCUUAAUGAGCUUAGGAAGUUCGUUUAGUUUCUUUAUUUACCUACUUACCUCACUAGCAUGACAGUUCAUGUAAAACUCAAUUUAUUAGUUUACCUAUUGUUGUUUAUUAGUCCAAUCCGCGGGUGUUUUCACUCCAACAUUAAUUAUCUUAGUACAAGGGACAGGAUAAUUACUGUCAAGGGUAAGACACUUCGUUGAUUGGUGUUUAUUGCUCGUUAAUUUAAGUGAUUGAAUUUGAUGUCAAUUCUAUAUCGGUCACUAGAUACUCUCUAUAGUGCAAAUAACUAGAGUUGAAUAGCCAGAGCUACAUGAUACCACCUUAGUUUAAAACCCGAUGAAUAGCUAUUUAUAGACAUUUCAAAUAAGAUUUGAGCAUUUUUCUAAAAAUGAAAUUUAAAACAUAAAUACGUUAAUAACUUAUUUGAAAAGGCUAUCGAUAUAAAUAUUGACAUCUCAAUAUAAGCCCAUACAUGGUAUACGCUAAAUACACAAAAAAAUAUGAAAGUUUACGAUUUCUACAAAAAGUCAUACGUUACACAGUUGUUAACACAAGCUGUGGUAUCAUGUAUCUGUAUCUCAAAUAUGCACAGCAAAGAUUUAGCAACUUGGGUCCCGCCUCGCGGGUUCAUAUUGCAAAUAGAGAUCUUAACUGUGCAACACAAACAUUAGAAUUUCAUAGCGUGCACAAAUAAUUAAGUUGUGUCUGAUAGUUAGUUGCAGCUCGUUUGACGUAUACCACCGGUUACCGUAAGCUCGGCCUUGUUACGUUUCUGUUUACAUUGGGCCGUGGAGCAGAUGCGCCAUCAUAGAUAACUGACAAUUUGUGAACUCUAUUACAACUUAAUAAGAUCUACGAAUGUUCAAUUAAGUGUAUUGCUGUUAGAACUAAAGAAUUCGUUGAGGUAAAGGCUCGUUAGGUUGUUGCGUUCAAAUUUAAACUUUAAGCACUUGAAAUAAAGCUUGACUUCCAAUAAGUUUUAAUUACUUUUUUGUGAUUGUUUCGCUCAAACAUUUAAUAAUGUGGAAAGUGAUACAAAAAUAGAUUGAAUAGAAAACGAAUUCUUUAAUUACUUUUCAAAUUAUUUUCGAUGCUAACCUUCUUAAGCAGUGGCAGUGAAAGUGUUAAUCUGCCCCACGGUAGUUGUUUUAUCUAAAUUGUUAACCCGUCGCCGCCGGUGGCUAGUGUACGAUAGGGCCACCAUUCCGUCAUAUUUAUUUGCUAGGGUUGUCACAAUCGUCGCGCGACCAAAAUGCAAUAAUUUUAAUAUUCCCGCAAGGAUUGUGACAGCAUAUUAUAGAAGUAUUGAUUUGUAUAAUUUAUGAUGCCACGCCUUCGCCAUUGUAUUAGUGUACUAGUUGUACGCCGCUUAAUUCAUUAUUAUUAUAUACAUGAAUAAUAAAAAUAAUUGUUUUGAA